AUGCAGGUUCGGUGGUAGAUGCUUGACUAGCCCAGGUUCUUCUUCGUCAGGGGGGGAGUCUUCGCUGUGGUCACGGCGGCGCUCUACCCCACCGUGCUUCCACACCGCGCUGCCAUCUUCCGGCAGGAGGUCCCCGGGGAGCUCUUCCAAGGGUUUGGCACGUCCAUCGGCGGCGCCGCUCCUGCGCGGGCACUGUACAUGGCGGCUGUCGAGGUUACAAAGAACUAUUCCGCCGCCUACGCUGCCCAGCUUGGCGUGCCGGAGUUAUCGCCGGCACCGUCGCAGUGACGACUGCCGCAGUUGCUGCUCAGGUCGUGUGGACGCCAGUCGAAGUGGUGACCCAAAGACUGAUGAUGCAGUGGGCUCCUCAAAGAGGGCCGUCGGCUGCCAAGUACCGCAGCGGUGUCGAUGCUUUCCGGAAGAUACUGAUGGAAGACGGACCGAGGGGCGUCUACAGGCGCUUUGGCUUCUCGCUCUUCAAAUACGCUCCUUUCAGCGGAGUGUGGUGGGGAACCUACUCGUUGCUCUACAGAUGCAUUUCCCCCAGCUUGGAGUCCCACUGCCAAGAGUGGAAGCCAGACGCCCCCGCCGCCGGCUACAACCAGGCGGUCAUCCCUACCAGCACUGGCGGCGGCGCGGUUGGUUGGUUCAGGCGGCGAGCGCGACUGUAAAGGGGGCCAUGUCCGUGCUUGUGACGAUGCCGCUGGACACCAUCAAGACGAGAAUGCUGGUGGCGGAGGGCGGCCGGAAGCCGGCGGGGAGCUUCUUCAUCGCACUACGAAGCCUGGCGAAGGAAGGCGGGGGAUGGGCCGCCGGCUACCGGGGGCUGGGUCCCCGCUGGGUAUCCACUUCUCUAUCUGGGGCGGGGAUGGCCACCACCUACGAGACCCUGAAGCGCCACUCCGCCGAGCCCGUUACGCUGGAUCCUCCGCCAUGA